AUGGGUACUUUAGAUCCGUCCCCCAGCUCAUCAACUAGUAACUCAAAAAAGUGUAUGAAUAAUCCUAUGAAAUUCUCAAUUAAUAAGGAUAUAAUAAAAAAAGCUGAAAAUCAAGAUGUGAAUUCAAUUCAACGUAUCGUCGCAUAUGAUCACUUAGAAUUUGAAACAAGUGUUAUUGAGCAAGCUAAAAAUACUUUUAAGAGAAAUAACAGUCUUCAGAUCAGUGUGACAAAGGAAAGACUUUCUACUCUAGACGAUGAUAUAAUGUCUUCUCAACAUGAACUGGAAAAAAUGGAACUAUCACUUGAUACACUGCUCAGUCAGGUGUCUACUGAAGUGUCUAAUAGCAGUUUGGAAAAUAGGAAAAUACGUUCUUUAGAGUUGGAGAUAG